GUUACUGGAUGCGCCGGAUAUACUUUGCAACAGCUUGACAUGAAAACUUUACACUUGUUAUGGCUCAAAAGGAUGACCAAUGGAUCCGUCUUUUUAAUGUAUCGGACCCCAGAAGAGCUUACGCCGGUCACACUUUGUACAAAGUCACUUCCAAGGUUUUUCAAAAGGAUUUUCCUGAAGGAGCGACAGAGAUCUCUGUUUGGAGACGAUUCAGUGACUUCAAGAAACUCCACAGAGAGCUUUUAAAGAUUUACACCCAGAAACAUGCACAAGACAAGUUUCCUCCUUUUCCUAAGGCCACAUUCUUUGGUCGUUUUGAUGAUGCAGUUAUUGAGGAAAGAAGGAAAGCUUCCUUAGAACUUUUGACAUUUGCUGGAAGUAUUCCUGAUCUCUUUACAAGCCAAACAUUUGUGAAGUUCUUUGAGGGGGCAUUCCCUGAUAACCAAGUUCACAAUGAUUGUGUUGCAAGCAGAGAAAGUAGCUUAUCUGACACAGAAGGUGACAUUAUUAAGGACAGUUCCUUUUCCAGAGACUCAGUAGAUACCAGUAGAUCUGGUAAUACGGUUCAAAACUCACAAGGGGAUAAUUCUGAAGAGUCAUCCAUUCUUGGUGGAGUGUGGCUUCACAAGCAGCCAUCUCUGUCAGAGGGUCUAGACAUUCUUAGCUCAGAUGAAGAGGAAAUUGAUGGACAGACACCAGAUGGUGAUGCAAGCAUUGGAACGCCGCCAGCUCUUACUGAACAGUCAAGUGGGAAAGCUGAUCAGAAUGAGAGAGAGGAACAAGAUGAUGUUUUUACCCAUGAUAUCAAUGCAAGUUUAGAAGAAAAACUUGCAGAUGUGUCUGACAAACAUGAUCAUUCAAGUAGCACAGAGCCUCCUCGUUGGCUUGUGAGAGCAAUUUCCAUUUGUAGUGAGGGAGAGGAUCUUGAAAUUCUUGCUUCUGAAGCUGAUGAAGAAGAACUGCGUUUUCCUCAAGCUUUUUCUGACCACAGUCAUUGUGAGGUAGAGGAACAGAGUACUGUUGAUGACUCAACAAGACAAGAGGAAGGAAAUCAGUGUACUGAUUCUCAAAAUGGUCCUCAUCUACAAGAAGUUUUAUCAGAUACCUCAAAGUCUUUAGACCAAGGUUCCAAAAGUAAUAACUUAAUGUCAAUUGUAUGUGAAACUGGAAUGAACUGCAAGACAGAAAUGAUUUGUGACAAGACAUCACAUUCAAUCAAUAAUGAUCCUCUAGAACCUUCUGAUUCUUCAUGUUCAACAAAGGAUUCAAAUUCAGCUAGUACUGUUGAUGACAGACAGUCAUUUAUAGGUGUCAAGAGAGAUACAGGGAACAACAAAAUAGUACGCCCAAGAACUGUUUCUGAUCUGACAAACAUCUGCAUUGAUCCUAAAGAAAGUGACUAUUUGUAUGCUGCAGGACACACUAUACACAAGGCACUGGACUGUGAAGUGAAUGGGAAUUAUGAAGAGGCAUUCAGCUUGUACAAGACUUGUGUUGGUGUAUUAUUGAGUGGUGUACAAGGUGAAAAGGAUGUUAAAAGGCGAGAGGCAGUGAGACGUAAGACUGCUCAGUACCUGUUGAAAGCAGAAGCUCUUUACAGCACAUACCUGGCUGGAAAUGAUUCUUAUGAGAAAUCUGAGGAUUCUUCUCUAUCACAUUCUGGGGAUUUAAGUCAGUCUGAUGACCUUGAAAAAUUCAAGGACCUCACUCUCGCAGACUUUAAAGUUAUGGGAAUUGUUGGCAAGGUGAUGCUUGUUGAGAACAAACAUACUGGGGAUACAUAUGUGGUCAAGGCACUGUGCAAGUCAGGACAAACAAGAUCAAACAACAAUCCUCAAGGAAGUGUGCGUAAGAGGAAGAAAUCUGUUCGGCGUCUUUAUGGCAAGUAUCCAAAUAUUGUGCAACUGUACAGGUACUUUGAGACAGCCACAGGCAUUUAUCUUUUACUGGAGUAUGCACGAGGAGGAAGAUUAUGGAAUCAUCUUUCCUGUUAUCAGCACAACAAGGAGUCACAGGAUAACCUUAUACGAAGUGUCAACAGAAAGUUUACCAAUUUGAAGAAAUCUGCAGCUGAUGAACAUGUGACUUUGGACAUGGCAAAUGCUGCUCCUCUUUCUCAAAGUGAGGUGACUCACUUGGAAAGUGAGGUCACACUAAAUGAUAAAAAAUUGGAGUAUAGAACUUCUAUUGAGAGUAAUUCCUCAUCUUUGCAAGACAGCAAGCAUUCUUCAAAAGUUACUCAAAAAGCUGUUGAAAUGUUAGAUACUACUGGAAAUGGAAAUGACCAUCACAUUUCAGAACCACACAGUUGUAACAAUGAGGAGCUCUUAGCAGAAAAUGAAGAUUUAAGGGAAAACAAAGCCGCACAUGAUAAACAAUCACUUUUUGUGAAACUAGAUGAGUAUUUUGCUUCUUCAAAUCAGAGUGUACCAGAUGAACACAAAAGAGUGUGGGCAGCAGAGCUUGUGUUAGCUGUUGCUUACUUGCACACAGCAGGGAUUAUUUGCAGAGAUUUGCACCCUAAAAAUGUUCUUCUUGAUGAAGAAGGCCACAUCCUUCUCACUUACUUUGGUUCAUGGGAAGAAACAGAUCACAUUCCAGAUGAGACAGCAAUGAAUCACUUUUACUGUGCUCCAGAGAUAUGGCAAGUUGAUGAUGUAACUCCUGCUGCUGACUGGUGGAGUGUGGGCGCUCUGCUUUAUGAGAUAAUCACAGGGCAGGCACUGUCAACUGCACAUCCCUGGGGAAUAAGAACUCACACUGAAUUACAUCUACCCAACAAAGUCUCCCCCGAGGCAAAAUCCCUUUUAAGAGAGCUUCUGAGAGUCACACCAUCUGAAAGACUGGGUUCUGGUGUGAAUGGUGUCGAGGAGAUCAAGUCACACCCGUUCUUCAGUGGAGUCAACUGGACGUGGUUGUGUUCAAGAAUCAAUUAAAAAUAACUGACCUGGAAAACAAUAAUUUUAAUUCAUAAUACAGAUUGCAAAAAUGUAAUGAAAAGUGUAAAGUACCCUAUGAAAUGAAGAUGAAAUAGUUCAAAUAAUCAAUUUGAAAUAAGAACUAAUAUCAAAAUUUGAAAAUUUUUUACUGUGUAAUUAUGUGUACAGUAUUAAUGCACAAAAAGGUAUAAAUUGAAAGUGAGAAGCUCAAAAUUUACUAUCUUUCUUAUUCUGUGUACACAUAUGAUGUCUUUGAAAUUACUAAUCCAAGCAGUACAGAGCAGCAUGCAGGAUAUGUGUCACUUAAUAUGAAGGUUGCAAUGACCUAACUUACCACAGAGUCUCUGACUCAGUAGCAGAGCUUUGAAUACAAAGAUCUGAGUUUUAAUUCCUCAUGGGGACCCAGAAUUUUUCUUUUUCUACAUGCUCCUGACAUGACAAAAUAUUUCUUAAAAGUCUAUCUUUCUAGUUGCAAAUCUCCUCCUCAUUUUUUUUCUCUGAACACUAGUAUUAUGUUAGUAAAGAUGGCCUGCCAUCAUUUACUAGUGAUGGUUUUUUUCCAAAAAAAGCAAUUUUUCAACAUCAGGACAUUUUCAAAGAGAAAAGGGAUGAUUGAUUUAAUUCAUAGAUUUAAGACCCAGAAUAUGAAAAAAAAUUAUUGCUGGUGGUGCUGAAAAUAUUUGUUCAUAUGUAGUCAGUAAGAUAGGAGGCACAACCAAUAAAAUUUGUAAUUUUAAGCUAG